AUGAAGAGAUCCAAAAGGAACAGACCUUGGGGCUUGAAAUCAGAAAAAUCUGACAUAUAUGAAGUCAGACUAGAGAAAACACAGGAUAAAAAGGAAAAUGUUGAGAUAAAUUCAGUCACCAAUAAAAAAAUCCCAACUCUAGAGAAAAGCCAUAAAAAUAUUGAAUUUGGCCAUAAUGCUAAUUUAAAGUCAGUGCAUACUAAGCAACAAAUGGUUUCCAUAGAAAAAACACCACCAAAAUGUGAAAUACAAGGAACCACUUUCAAACAGAAUGUAAAUUUACCCAGUCAACCAAAAAUCAGUAGUAUGUGUGAAAAAACUUUCAUUAACACUUCAUCCCUUCGUAAACAUGAGAAAAAUCAUAGUGGAGAGAAAUUAUUUAAAUGUAAAGAAUGUUGUAAAGCUUUUAGCCAAAGUUCAGCUCUUAUUCAACAUCAAAUAACUCAUACUGGAGAAAAGGCCUACGUGUGUAAAGAAUGUGGGAAAGCCUUUACUCUCAGUACUUCGCUUUAUAAACAUCUAAGAACACAUACUGUAGAGAAACCCUAUAGAUGUAAAGAAUGUGGGAAAGCCUUCAGUCGAAGGUCAGGCCUUUUUAUACAUCAAAAAGUCCAUGCUGGAGAAAACCCCUGUAAAUAUAACCCAGGCAGAAAGUCAUCUGGUUGCAACACAUCCUUUCCUGGAUGUCAAAAAAGUUAUUCCAAGAAGAAGUCUUAUUUGUGUAAUGAAUGUGGCAACACCUUUAAAUCUAGCUCAUCCCUGCGUUAUCAUCAGAGAAUUCACACUGGAGAGAAACCUUUUAAAUGCAGCGAAUGUGGGAGAGCCUUCAGUCAGAGUGCCUCUCUUAUCCAACAUGAAAGAAUCCACACUGGAGAAAAACCCUAUAGAAGCAAUGAAUGUGGAAAAGGCCUCACUUCUAUUUCACGACUCAAUAGACACCGAAUAAUUCAUACUGGUGAAUAGUUUUAUAAUUGCAAUGAAUGUGGGAAAGCCUUAAGUUCUCACUCAACACUCAUUAUUCAUGAGAGAAUCCAUACUGGAGAGAAACCUUGCAAAUGUAAAGUGUGUGGGAAAGCCUUCAGACAAAGCUCAGCGCUCAUUCAACAUCAGCGAAUGCAUACUGGAGAAAGACCCUAUAAAUGUAACGAGUGUGGGAAAACCUUCAGGUGUAACUCAUCCCUUAGUAAUCAUCAGAGGAUCCACACUGGAGAGAAACCAUAUCGAUGCGAGGAAUGUGGGAUAUCGUUUGGCCAAAGUUCAGCUCUGAUUCAGCAUCGACGGAUUCAUACGGGAGAGAAGCCAUUCAAGUGUAACACAUGUGGGAAAACUUUUAGACAGAGCUCAUCACGUAUUGCACAUCAGAGAAUUCAUACUGGAGAAAAGCCCUAUGAAUGUAACACAUGUGGGAAACUUUUCAAUCACAGGUCAUCCCUUACUAGUCAUUGUAAAAUUCAUAUUGAAGAGGAUCCCUAGGAAGUAGAUUUGCAUGUGUGAAUGCAUUAAACCAAAGCUUGUCAGAGAAUACAUGCUUGACAGUGAUGUAGUGAAUGUACUGGUUAUGAAAAAAAAAACAGUAAUUUAGUGUUUUCCAGGUAUUAAA